UCAUGUGACUGUGACGUCACAAGCUCUGAUCGCUGGCCUGCUGGGUAAACAUGGCGGCGCCUGCACGUAACCACGUGUGGGUUGGUACUGAGACCGGGAUUCUUAAAGGCAUUGAUUUGGUGAAGAAACAAGCCAUCAACUACACAGAAGUUUCCUCUCUGGACAAGGGACAGCAGGUGAAUGUCAUGUGCUUUGGAGAUCCACAGGAAUCAGAGAUCUUAGUGGGCAGCCAGGAUGGAAUAGUGAAAGUUUUCAACUGUGAAAAAUCUAAAUUUACAGAUUUUCAUGAAUGUAGAGGAGGAGAGGGAGUGUUCAGAGGACUUGGUAUCGUAGACAAUGGCAUUAUUACUUGUGUAGAGUCGGGGCUUCUGAAAGUAUGGAGAGAAGGAUCAUCUGAAAAUCUUGAGGUGCAGGUUGGUCCUGGAGUUGCAAAGAUGCGGCAGUGUGAUGCUCAGCGUAACAAAGUUGGGACUGGAGGAAAAGAGAAUGACCUAAAAAUCUGGGAUUUGCAAAGGGCAGAGGAGCCCAUCUUCAAAGCCAAAAAUCUGAGGAACGAUUGGCUCGAUCUCCGUGUACCUGUGUGGAUUCGUGACUUGGAUUUCAUCCCAGAGACCGACAAAAUCGUCACCUGUACAAGCUAUCAUCAAGUUAGAGUAUAUGAUCCCAAUACUCCGCAAAGGCGGCCAGUUCUGGAGGCUUUAUUUGGUGAGGAUCCACUGACGGCACUGAGCAUUACUCCAGAUGGCAGGUCUGUAGUGGUUGGAAAUUCUCAUGGUUACAUGGGUGUAAUUGACUUGAGGAAAGGUCGGCUUUUAUGUUCCCUGAAGGGCAGUGCUGGCUCUGUGCGCUCCAUUCAGUGUCACAAGUCUAUGCCUGUUGUUGCUUCCUGUGGUCUAGACAGGUUUAUGCGGCUCCAUAGCCUCAAUGACAAGGAACUUCUACACAAGGUGUACCUAAAAUCGCGGUUAAAUUGUCUUCUGUUGACGUCACGUGACAAGUGGGAGGAAGAAGAAUUGACUCCACUCCCCACAGAAGAUGUGAAGGAUGAGGAAGAUGAUGAAGUCUGGGCUAACUUGGAAACUGUGAUAGACAAAACAUCUACCAAGAAGCAAGAAGGAAAAAGGGGGAGUGCUGCAGAGAUUAUAGGAACUGCAAAUACGCCUAAAAAGAAGAAGAAAAAGAAGGGUGUAUGAAUUAUGUCAAAUGUGGAAAAUAUUAAAACGCCCUGGAAGACUGGUUCUCUUUCUUACAAGCAGUCACAAGACCGCACACUGCGCCUAUUGAGUUCCACUGAACUUUAUCUACCCAUCAUAGUUUUACACAAUCUGGACAGUUUGUUAUAGAUAAACCAAAAAAACAUAAGUUUGUGUAUUUGAUAUUUUUAUAUAUGUACAUAAUUGCUAAGCUUAUAUUGUAAAUUUAUCUUUUAUGUCUUCAGAAACAUCAUGGACUUCAUAAAGUGCUCUUUGGGUGUAUACCGUUAAUGAACCCCAACAACAAACGUC